GUGCGCAGGAACACAUCAGAGUGACGCUCUGCCUCUCGCUCGCGCCUGCCGCAGCCUAAUGAACCUCGCCUCUUGCUGCGGUCUUACAACUAAACAAAGGCCUUGAAUUCUGCGACGUAUGUUUAAAAACGAUAGAUCGCAACAAACACAAUGACGGAGAACACUAAAACGCAUGUCAUUUUGCUGUCAUGUGGAAGUUUCAACCCCAUCACGAAGGGACACAUUCAUAUGUUCGAAAAAGCCAGAGAGUACCUACACAAGACUGGACGAUUUAUUGUGAUUGGGGGUAUCAUCUCACCUGUACACGAUUCCUAUGGCAAACCGGGCCUUGUCUCAAGCAGACAUCGUCUCACCAUGUGUCAGCUGGCUGUUCAGUCGUCUGAUUGGAUCAGAGUGGAUCCUUGGGAGAGCUACCAGGACACUUGGCAGACCACCUGCAGUGUUUUGGAGCAUCACAGAGACCUAAUGAAGAGAGUCACAGGAUGCAUUCUGUCCAAUGUGAACACACCAUCCACAACCCCAGUGAUUGGCCAGCCCCAGAAUGGGACAUCUCCUAUUUACCAAAACACAGCGAACAAGUCUGUGGCUAUUAAGCUUUGGGGAAAGAUGAGCGAAAACCUGGGCAAAAUAUGUUGUGUUCGCCCACACAUGGAUCGUUUUACCUUUGUUGAUGAAAAUGCCAACCUUGGUACAGCAAUGCGCUACGAGGAAAUUGAGUUGCGUAUCCUGCUCCUUUGUGGCAGUGAUCUUCUGGAAUCUUUCUGUAUCCCUGGCUUGUGGAACGAAAGUGAUAUGGAAGUAAUUGUGGGAGAUUUUGGGAUAGUGGUGGUUCCUCGGGAUGGAGUCGAUACAGAAAGGAUAAUGAACCAUUCAUCUGUGCUCCGAAAGCAUAAGGACAAUAUAAUCGUGGUAAAGGAUGAGGUUGACCACCCGAUGUCCGUCGUCAGUUCCACCAAGAGCAGACUAGCUCUUCAGCACGGUGACGGUCACGUGGUGGAUUACCUGAGCCAGCCAGUCAUCGACUACAUCCUGCAGAGUCAGCUCUACAUCAAUGCUUCUGGAUAGUGUGGGGAAGUCCACUUCCGAACCCGUCAGUCAUCCCUGUCUGUCUCUCUGUGUGUAAUCUAGAGUAUAAUCCUCCUGUGCUACCACUGCUUUACCAUGUAGAGGAGCAUUAAUCUGUCCUCCCCUCUUACUCAUGUCUCAUUGGGAUGUACAGCACUGUGCCUGAGGGAUCUGCUCCACCAAUCAGCUUUAAGGGACUGGGUGGGCUUAGGUGCCCAAUAGGAGGAAGAUGAGAGAGCCUCGCCGCCACUAUGACAGAAAUAGAGUUUGAUUUAAAGGGAUACUCCACCAUUUUUUCAUAUUAAACUAUGUUAUUCCCUUAACUAAGACGAGUUUAUACAUAUACCUCUGUCGUCUCAGUGCGUGCGCUCAAUCGCUCUAGCACUUAACUAGCCCAGUUCAUUCAAUAGUUCUUCCUACCCCCUUUGAACAUGAUUGUUGUUUGGACCAUCUGUAGAUGAUCUUUUUUUUUCUUGAUGUUGAUGAUUAACUAUUUAUUUUUUUACUUUUAUUCAGUUUUUGCUGUUGUGUUUGUU